AUGGGAGGGUCGUCACAAAAUAUUAAAAUAGUAAAUGACUGCCUGUUCAUGAUUUUGCCUUUAUAUUUUGAUAAGCAAAAUUUGACUGUUACUGAUUUCGAGCUACCAAAGGACACUUCACACUCAGUUAAGGCUCAGAUUAGUAGUUCUUAUUUGGUGGCUCGGACCAACUUCCAAUCCGUUGGAACAUUCAACAAUGGAAGUAAUGUCCUCACGGUGGUGGUUUUCAAGUUUCGGGCCAAUAGCUCACCUGAUGAAUAUUAUGCACAUAAAAUACAUGGCUUUAACUUGGCAACAUCGAAGGAAGCGAUUGUUGGGUCAAGUUCACAUACAUAUGGUAGUGCCAAGGCGGGUUGCAAUGGAGAUGUGAACAACUGGUGUCCAGAGGAACUCAGAGUGAGGGGAAGAAGAGGGUGUCACAGCUGCCAAGGCGGGUUGCAAUGGAGAUGUGAACAACUGGUGUCCAGAGGAACUCAGAGUGAGGGGAAGAAGAGGGUGUCACAGCGUGCGGAUUACACCGUUAGGUUUUGUUCGUCUGUCGGAACAUUUUCUACGAUUCGACCCGGUAGCCAACUCAGGUCAACUGACAGACUUAUUUCCCCUAAUGGCGAUUUCGUGGCAGGUUUCUAUGGAGAAAGAAAUAGAUUUUUGGGGAUUUGGUGCAACAAUGAUGAAAGUAUGAAGGUGUGGAUAGCUGAUAUAUUUGGGUUAAACAUACCCACCUCAAGCGACCAUAACCUCGUCGUCAAUACCUACACCAGGGACUUGAUCAUCACUGCAGGUGGGAAAACUGUAUAUAAUAUCACUGAUCUUCAAAUGGGUCCACAGCCAAAUGUGACGCCAGCCUUCACCAAAGAUGGUUAUAUUCUUUCGAUUAACACAAACAAAACAGUUUUGUGGAAGACUUCAUUUAUCACAAUCAUUCUACUUGGGAAGCAAGAAAUUAGGAUGAAGAACUGCAUUUUAAAGGAAACAAAUAUUAGAUGGUUCACCCGUGAUUCUAUCUCGGCUGCAACUGAUUCUUUUUCAGAUCAAAAUAAUACCGGAGAAGGUGGCUUCGGUCUUGUAUAUAGGGGAAGUCUUGAUGGAAACGAAAUUGUUGUGAAAAUGCUUUGUCCAAAGUCAUCUCAAGGGAUUAAGGAAUUUGAGCAUGAAAUAAAAGCAAUAGUCAACGCCAAACAUACAAAUGUUGUGUCGGUAAAGGGUUAUUGUAUUCAUGGAAAAGAGUUGAUGUUAGUGUAUGAAUAUAUGCACAACAUGGGACUUGUGUACCAUCUCCAUGGUAAGAAAAGAUAUUAA